AUGAGUAAUACGGAUUUCCUGGGGCGAGCGAUUGACACGGUGAAGAAGGCAAUCGAGAAUGAUAAUGAGGGCGAGUACGAGAAGGCUUAUCAGCUGUACUACUCCGCAUUGGAGUUGUUCAUGCUGGCCCUCAAGUGGGAGAAGAAUCCUCGGUCUAAGGAGAUGAUUCGCGCUAAAACUGGCGAGUAUAUGGACCGCGCAGAGAAGCUCAAGAAUCAUUUGGCCUCGGGGGAUCGAAAGAAACCUAGCGCUGUAGGCGCAAACGGCAAGAUUGCGCAGGGAAGUGGGAAAGGGUAUGACUUUGGCCUAUUACAACUUAUUUACAACAUCCUGCUCCUCUUUUGGACUAACGGUCCGCCGAAAGAAGAUGACGACAACGGCAACGGCGAGGAUGCCGAGGCGAAGAAGCUCCGAUCAGCCCUCCAGGGAGCCAUUCUGUCAGACAAGCCGAACGUCAAGUGGGAAGAUGUUGCCGGUUUGGAGAACGCCAAGGAAGCCUUGAAGGAGGCAGUCAUUCUUCCGAUCAAGUUCCCACACCUGUUUACGGGCAAGCGACAACCCUGGAAGGGUAUCCUUCUCUACGGCCCCCCGUGGAUGGGUGAGAGUGAAAGACUUGUUAAGCAACUCUUCAAUAUGGCCCGUGAAAACAAGCCAGCGAUUAUCUUCAUUGACGAGGUCGAUGCCCUGUGUGGACCGCGUGGUGAAGGCGAAUCCGAGGCGUCACGCCGUAUCAAGACCGAAUUGCUUGUCCAAAUGGAUGGUGUCGGUAAAGACUCUAAGGGUGUCUUGAUUCUGGGAGCCACAAACAUUCCCUGGCAACUCGACGCUGCCAUUCGUCGACGAUUCCAACGACGAGUUCACAUUAGUUUGCCCGACUUCAAUGCACGAAUGAAGAUGUUCAUGCUGGCCGUGGGAGCGACACCGUGCCAGAUGACCCAGACAGACUAUCGGUCCCUGGCCGAGAUGAGCGAGGGUUACUCCGGUAGUGAUAUCAGUAUCGCUGUGCAGGAUGCUCUGAUGCAGCCCAUCCGCAAGAUUCAAACAGCAACACAUUAUAAGAAGGUGACCCAUGAAGGAACUGAGAAGCUCACUCCGUGCUCGCCCGGCGACGCUGGUGCCACGGAAAUGAACUGGCUCGACGUGGAAGCCGAGCAACUCCUCGAGCCACCGCUCGUUCUGAAGGACUUCAUCAAAGCCGUCCGUAAUUCCCGUCCUACUGUCAGCCACGAAGAUCUUACAAGGAACUCGGAAUGGACGAAAGAGUUUGGCAGCGAGGGAGCGUAA